UAAGAGCAGCUCUCUCCAUAGCAACUGAAAACUUUUCAAGGCAGCAAUAAACUAAUCCUCUCCAACUUCCAGAGCACCAUCAAGGAAUUUUAAAAACAUUGGACUUCCAGCAGCUAAAUACUUCUGAGGAUUCAGAAGGCCACAAAGCUAGAUACACGAACAUUCUUUUUCCCUUCAGAAGAUUCCUCAGGUUUCCAGUUUAAGCUCUGAAGUGCAAACAACAAUCCAACAUUCAGUGCAGAUCCCUGCCUGCAAGAAGAGGAGAUGUGUUUUCUGACCAAGCAUUCAGCUCUUGGGGUGGUAUGUUCUGCUUUCAUAUUCAGCGUGCUCAUUGCUGAAGGACAGCCUGGGGAAGAGCAUGGGCAGGAUGGCAGCUAUGCUCCCAGCAGAGGCUAUCUGAUGGAAGCUUUACGCGUUCUUUCAGCUGAAAGCACUGAGCUCCACAUGAACCAUUCACGAGAACUGGUCAAAAUGUUACUGGAGAGAGCUGAAUGCCCACAGCGGAUUUAUGGCAUGCAAGAGGAUUGUAAUAUGUGCCUUGAACCAGAUGCUUUGUUGCUAGUAGCUGGAGGAGAUUUAGACGACCAUCUCAGUGAAGAAGUAUUUGAAAGAAUUUCUCUUAUUCUUCUUUACCACAUUCUUCAUCGCAGAGAUGUAUGUUCUCCAGAACUCAGCUUGAAUAAUAAGGAUUAUAAAUUUUACCUCCAGAGUAUGCUUAGUUUAAGACAUGAUGAAGACUGUUAUUAUUUUUCACGGAAUGAAACUGAAGAUAUUUUAGCUGCAGUAAGGCAACAUUUUAAAACUUCUGAAACCCAGUGUGUUGAUGUGAGCACUCUGGAGAAAAGUGCUGAUAUAACGGACAGAGAUGGUGCCGAUGAAAACACUCUUCCACGCCUGGCUGCUUUAAUCAUUACUCUGGCUCUCCAGGGAGUCUGCAUGGGGAAAGCAAGUUUACCUUCCCCAGAAUUCUUUAUAAAAUAUAUCUUCAGUUCUCUAAACAGUACCACUGAGCUCCAAGUGACAGAACUAGAACAACUACUAAAUGUGCUUACAGCCAAAAAGACCUGCACUGUAAAUGGACAAUUCCACAGUCACAAAAGAAGACGUUACGGUACGGCAAUCAGAGAUACUGGAAGAAAAAAUAGUCCAUUCAAAGGAAACCAUACAAAAGGAGAUUCUCUGAAAGGCUAUUUUGAAGAUCGUGAAAGGAACACAGAUUGGGACCAGGUUUGUUUCUCUGCCAAUGAACUUGUGAAGAUAUUUUUGAAAAAUGGUUCUUCCUCCAUUUCCAAGGACCACUUCAAGCAAAUCAGUCCAGCUAUCAUUCAGCAACUUUUAAGUUGUUCAUGUCAGCUUCCUGACUUCAAGCAGACAAGACUUCCACCAACAACUGUGGAAAAAUAUGGUUACAGCACUGUUGCUGUUUUACUUAUUACUAUUGGAUCUAUGUUUGGUACAACUCUCAUUUUAUUUAACUCCUGUCAAGAAAUCUAUACACUCGUUUUACAGCUGUUUGUCGGUUUGGCUGUUGGAACCCUUUCUGGAGAUGCAUUGCUACAUCUUAUUCCUCAGACUCUUGGUUUACAUAAACAUGAAGCACAAGACAUAGAACAUUUCUAUGAGGGAAAAGAAUAUAUUUGGAAACUUUUGGGAAUAAUUGGAGGAAUUCAUGGUUUUUUUCUGAUAGAAAAGUGUUUCUUUCUUUUGGUAACACCACGUGAACAGCAGGGCCUUUCUUUAGUUAAUGGGCACUGGGGACAUUCCCAUGAUCUUCCAGUGGAAUCUGAAUUAAAUGAACAUUCAGGCAGAGGCAAAUCUACUUCAACCAUACAGUUGAGAAGCCCAGAAGAUUCUGAAUCUGCUGAAGUUCCUCCGGAGAGCAAGGCAAUCACCAAAAAAAGUAAGAAAAUCAGCUUGUUAGCAAUAAUGGUUCUGGUGGGUGACAGUCUUCACAAUUUUGCUGAUGGCCUAGUGAUAGGAGCAGCAUUCUCAUCCUCAACAGAAACAGGUGUGACAACGACUGUUGCUAUUUUAUGCCAUGAAAUUCCUCAUGAAAUGGGAGAUUUUGCUGUGCUGCUAAGUACAGGGCUCCCCACGAAGAUUGCAAUUCUGAUGAAUUUUAUAAGUGCACUGACAGCAUUCUUAGGACUUUAUAUUGGCCUUUCUCUCUCAACUGACCCAUCCAUUCAAAACUGGAUUUUUACUGUUACAGCUGGAAUGUUCUUGUAUUUAUCUUUAGCAGAAAUGCUUCCUGAAAUGACUCAUAUUCAGACGCGACGACCCUGGUUGAUGUUUCUCCUACAGAACCUUGGAUUACUAUUAGGCUGGCUUUGCCUCUUACUUUUGGCUAUUUAUGAACAGAAAAUUAAAAUAUAAGUUUUCUGUUGGAAAUCUUGAAGUACCACUUAUGACAGUGGAUAGCAUUAUUCAUAAUUUUAUCAUAUCUGCUAUAGUGAUAUAUAAAUUAAGUUGCUGGGAUUUUAUAUCUGAAGAGUAGAUAACUAUUUUACUUUAUUAACUUAUUGUUCAGAUUUUGUAAUUUUUUUUUUUGUGUGUGAACGUGAAUGUUUAGAAUUAUGUUUUAUUUGUUACUGAGUUUACCAGAUCCCAUGCUCAAACUCACAGGAGCUUUUGAUUAGUUUUUAUUGAGACCAUUCUAGAUGAAUGCUCUAAAUGAUCUCUGCCAGUCUGAUUUGAAGAAAAGAAUAAAACACUUUUAUAUACAAUAAUUAAAGUGGACUAACCAUAGUUGAAUAUUUUGGAUAAGAAAUGGUUUUUUACCUCUUAGUACAAAACAUUAAAGUAUUUCUAUAAAUCUAAAAAGCAUAGGGAAACUAGACUGCUAAAUGGCAUGUACCAAUCUCAUAAUAUCUGCACUGUCUACUUCGUCAACAUAAAGAUCCUCAGCAGUCAUAUCUUACUGGUCCACUGUGGCAGGAAGAAAAUGACAAGUGUCAAAGUUUAUGGUGUAGAAAUCUUUUCAAACUGCAAUACAGUUGUGAUGGAAUCUAUGACAGUGAAGUACUGACCUAACUGCCUUUUGCAUUAUCUCACCCCUGAUGGCUGCUCAUAGCAAAUGCUUAUGAAGGAUUAUAAGAAAUAUAUUUAAUUGUUUUUCACUGAUAUCCCUUCCAAGCUCCUCAAAUGAAGAAAUUCCUUGAGCCAAAUGUUGCUUCUGAGGCAUCACAUUUAAACACCAGUAGUGCCUUCCUGUCA